CGGUAAUUCCUGAAAUGGGCGGGGUUACGUGAUAAACUGAAGUGACAGUUUCAACUUCACAACAAACUUUAUCUUCAAACCUACUUCCACAGGAUGGAUGACUGGAAUCUGAGUGUGUCUCGUGACGAGACAUUAGAGGCCUGGGUCCAAAUGUAAUGGCCACACUAAGGACGAGGUGGCUUCUGUCCAUCUUCUUGGUCAGCCUACCAGACUGUUGUGCUCCAGCAGGUCAUCCUGCUCCUCCCUCUCCUCCUGAGUGCUCUAUCCCAUGUGAUGAAAGGAGCUGCGAUGUUGAUAUACACUGCAGUUGGGAUCCAGGGCUGGACCCUCAGAUCCCCACUAACUACAGCCUGCACUGGAAGCCAGCAAACAGACAGGAAGGGAAUGUGACCUGUGGGACCAGUUUGAGUGGAGUUAUCCAUCGAGAAUACUUCUCGAACCAUGAAAAACUUCAUGUUUGGAUCAAAGCCGAGAACCAGCACGAUUCUAGCACAUCUAAGGUGGUUGUCUUCAACACAGCAGAUAUCAUCAAGCCACACCCUCCAAACAUCACAUUGAGGCAGCAGGACCCAUUUGAGAUUGAGUGGCGUUCCUUCUGUGGUGAAUUGCAGCUCUCUGGGGGAAACUGUUACAUCCGAAAUCGGAUGGAGACUGACCAAGUUUGGACUGAGCAUGAAAGUGGAUUCCUUGACAGCUAUACAUUGGAUCAGCCUCAGCCUGGCACAGUCUAUGUAUUUCAAGUCUGCUGUGCCUGUAGUGAAGGCUUAACAAGUGACUGGAGUACAGAAUACAGAGUAAGGAGUGCAGAGCAGGCCCCUGUUGGACAGCUGGAUAUAUGGAGAGACUGUGGGAUAUCCCCUGCAAGCUUUGACUGUGUUCUGACCUGGAAGAGACUUCCUAUAUCACAGGCGUGUGGUCAGAUUCUGGGAUAUGAAGUCAGACUGUUUUACAGUAAUGACACACAGACGCUGGUGAAUGUGUCCACAGCUGAGUCACAUGGCCAAUUAUGCUGCAAUGAGGAGCAAUGCUACCUCAACUUCUCUCUAAAGGAUGUAGCAUCAGUCAAUGUAUCAGCCUUCAACGCUCUUGGAACCACAGUACCUUCUCAUGUGGUUAUGCCAAUACCAGGGACCAACUGCCCAGACUGCCAUAAAAGUAAUGAUAAAAAUGAAGUAAUCCUUAACCUCGUGAUGAAUGAAGAAAACCUCACUAUAUCCUGGGAUCCACCCUCUCAGGCCUCUAACAACAUAAAGGAAUAUGUGGUGCAAUACAAACAAGCAGGGCAUCCUCCAGGCCUAGGAUUUGAUUGGGUCAAAGUGGCCAAAAACCAAACAACAGUAUUUUUUAAAGGCCAGUUUAUAUACUACACACCCUUCCAAGUGUUGCUGUUUGCAUUAUCACACAAAGAGGAAGUCCAUCACCUCUCAUCAGUUAUUGGAUAUUCCCUUGAAGGACCUCCCUCCAGUGUGCCAUCAUUUCAGGUGUUAUCCAUUGCUGCCACUCAGGUGACUCUGUCCUGGGAGUCUGUUCCCCUGUCCAGGCAGAAAGGGGUGAUCCAGUAUUAUCAAAUAGGAUUAGGCAAACAAAACGUGCACAAUGUGAGCGCGUCCCCACAGCAUAAAAACUGGACUUUUGAGCUGAACCAUCUCAGUCCAAGCCAGGAGUAUGAGGUGUGGAUAAGAGCUGUGACUGGGGCAGGGCCUGGAGAAAAUGCCACCGUAAAGUUCAAAACUAAACAGCAAGAAGAUUAUGAGUAUUUAAUAGCAGCCUUGCUUGGAAUAUUUUCCGUGGUUAUUGUAUUAUCUUCUAUUGUUUUAGUCAGUUCUUGUCGAGGAGUAAACAAAGUGUGUCCACUGGUGCCUUCUUUUUUCUAUGAGAAAGUGCCAGAUCCCAGAAAUAGCCACAUCUUCAGACGGAUGAAGCACCAGAUUAAUGACCCCUUGACUUGGAUCUGCAUACCCACCCACGAGCCACAUCCGAAGAUCUCUAUAUUGGAAGUUGUUGAAAUCCCGCCCGGGGCUCUGCAGUCCUUGAAGAAAACCUCUGACCCUGACAAAUUCACUAGGCCAGUGAUGGGAGAUGGGUGCUCACAGAUGAAUUGCCAAGAGGAUCAAAGAGAGGAUGCUGUCACAGAGGAUGGUUGCAGGACAGGCCGCAGAUAUGGAAAAGAGGAAUACAGCAAAAUGGUUGACUCUGAUGAUGAGAGGGACAGAGAGGAGGACAGGGGCGAUUGUUGGAGCUCAUCAGAGGAAGAACAGUUUACAUCAGGUUAUGAAAAGCACUUCAUGCCCUCCGCUUUGGAAAUACAGGGCGUUUGAUGAUAUUUCCACAUUGCCUCAUGGACAUUCACCUCACGUGUGUUUUUUUAAAUAAAUGUGCAGAAAAUGUUCUACUCUGUUUUCCACCUUUUGCCUUUGUACAUGUAGGUAUUUGGUUUAAUUACAUUGUCACCAUUUCACUGUUUCACCUUUUGGUGUUUCAUUUUUACUUGUCCUAUUUCAGUUACAACUCAUUUGUAGUCUCCCAUUUUUGUCUUUGUGUUGAGCCCGAUUGUGAGAAUGUGAAGCAAAAGGAUUGGGCAUUCAUACAGCAUCACCUGAUGACACCUGACUGGAAUUAAAGUUAUAAUGUUGUUUUGCUGUAAAAAUCCACUGUAAAACAACAUUUAUAGGGAAAUUAUCCACAUACAUAUUUUUUGUUUCCAUUGUUGCGCUGUAUACUUGAAACUUUAAAAUUUUAAUAAAGAACAUUAUACACAUG